AUGUGGAGUGCGGGAUUGGCACUCACCCUCCUCACGGGGCCACUGGUGGCGUACGCGGACUCCAAGGGUACCUGGUGCUAUGACUCCCAGGAUCCAAAGUGUGGUCCCACCCACUGGAAGGAGAUGGCCCCUGCCUGCGGGGGCCCACAGCAAUCCCCCAUCAAUAUUGACCUUCACCUGGUGCAGCGGGACCCCAGCCUCGGGCACCUAGUUUUCCAGGGUUAUGAUUCAGCACCUCCAGGCCGCUGGACCCUGGAGAAUGACGGCCACACAGUGCUGAUCCACCUGGAAGUGAGCCCACAGAGCCGCUUGGAGAUGAGGGGCGCUGGGUUGCCCGGACCGGCCUAUCGCGCUCUGCAGCUGCAUUUCCACUGGGGGCGCCCCGGGCACGCAGGCUCAGAGCACAGCCUGGACGGGCAGCGCCAUUCCAUGGAGAUGCACAUGGUGCAUGUGAACACGAAGUACCAGAGCCUGGGGGAGGCCCUGGGUCACCACAGUGGGCUGGCAGUGUUGGCAGUGCUGUUGGCGGAGCAGGAUUCAAACAAUGCCAACUUCUCGGCUCUGGUGUCCCAGCUGAAGAACGUGUCUGAGCCUGGGGCUACUGUGGAUCUAGCGUCCACCUUCCCACUGGUCUCGCUGCUGCCCAGUGUCUCGCACCGCACACGUUACUAUCGCUACUUAGGCUCCCUGACCACACCCAGUUGCCAACCCUCAGUGCUCUGGACCGUGCUUGAAGACCCAGUGCCCAUUGGGCACCAACAGGUGGCCCAGUUCCAGAGUGUGGCCCUGGCCGGCCCCCAAGGUCCUUUAAGGUUCACAGAAAACUUCCGCCCGCAGCAGCCCCUAGAAGGGCGCAGGGUCUUGGCCUCUCCAGGCGCUUCCAUCCUAGCAGCUGUCCCCAGUCCUGCCCCUGCUCGGGCCUUCCUGUGCAGAGUUUUGCUGGGCCUGGGACUCAGCCUGGGGCUGUGGCAAGGCUUCUGGGGUCCAGACUGA